CUCUCUACUAUCAUUCAGGAAUUUCUGAACGUAUAAUGAAUGAAUGAAAGAUUUUUCAAAAAAAUAAAUAAUACUCUCUUCUCUUCGUCUUACGCGUAGAAUAAGUGAUCCUAGGAGUAAUAUUUUGUGACAAUCAAAAUCAUACUGCCACUUAUUCCUUGUAAAGCCGACCACCACCAAACAGAGCUUGCAAAACUUGAAGGUAUGUCUCCACUUGUUUAGAAAAAAAGAAAAAGAAAAAGAACAGCAGCAUAAAAACCAAGGAGAAUCAAAGGCAAUUGGUGUGGAGAAAUGGCGAGUAAAAUCCCAGUGAUCGAUCUGCUGCAAGUUUCCCUCGGCGAGCUGGUGGCGGCGUGCGAGGAAUGGGGAUGUUUCCGGAUCGUAAAUUACGAGGGAAUUCUGCCGGAUUCUCUGCUGCAGCAAAUGAAGCAAGUGGUGGGAUCGCUGCUGGAUCUGCCGGCGGAGGUGAAGGCCAGGAACCGCGCCGUCAUCCCGGGGAGCGGGUACAUGGCGCCGUCUCCGGUCAAUCCGCUCUAUGAGGCGCUCGGCCUCUACGACACCUCUUCUCCUCAAGCUCUCGAUGCUUUCUGCUCCAACUUGGAAGCAACUCCUCACCAAAGGGCUGUUCUCUCCAAGUAUGCGAAAGCAGUGAAUGAAGUGAUGAUGGUUAUUGGGGGUAAAAUUGUACAAGGCUUAGGUGUGAAAGGCUUCUCCUUUGAUGAUUGGUGUUGCCAGUUCAGGAUCAACAAGUACAGCUUUGCCCCUCACACUGUCGACUCCCCUGGAGUGCAACUGCACACAGAUUCUAGCUUCCUCACUCUUCUGCAGGACGACAAAGACGUCGGCGGUCUCGAGGUUAUGAAGAGGUCCGGCCAAUUCGAGCCCGUCGACCCCUGCCAUGGAACCCUUGUUGUCAAUCUUGGAGAUAUUGCAGCAGUGUGGAGCAACGGUAGAUUCUUGAACGUGAAACACCGUGUGAUGUGCAAGGAAGCGGGUAGGAGGCUGUCGAUAGCUUCGUUCCUGUUGGGGCCGAGGGCGGAGAUGGUGGAGGCGCCACCGGAGUUGGUGGAUGCGGAACAUCCUCGCCUCUUUUCUCCCUUCACUUAUCAAGAUUAUAGGAAGCUCCGAAUGUCCAACAAUCUGCAUACUGGUGAAACUGUGGAUUGUUUCCGCAUUCAAAGCCAUAAAGAUUAAGCAAACUUGUAUCAUAUCAAAUGGUGUAUCAUCUCUCUUAUCGUGAGUAGGAUGUUAAGGAAUAAAUGAAGUUUAUCUUGGACAAAA